AUGGGCGGCACAUACCGCCACGCCCACCUGCCGAUUUUCUUCAUGACCGAGCAGACUCCGACACUGAACCCCGCAAAGACCUCAUUCCAGUGUGCUGUCCCUCGCCCACCCAGCAUCCUCACAUUGGAUCCGCAACAAGACCCUCCGAUGACAGUCGAGGCUGGGGUUUGCAGAAGCGUUUAUCGCCGUGGUUUCUGGAAUACGGUAGCUGGCCAAUCUGGCGAUGCAACGGAAGCCACUGCCCGCGAUGGAGGCUGGUACUACGAAGAAGAAUCUAGGGGCGUCGUGACGCGGAUGUUCUGGCGAAGAUCUGCACAACCGCUCUCAGAAUUCCCCUCCCUCUCCAUGGAAUUACAUAGUUGUUUCCAACUGAAUGACUGGAUGGUUCCAGAACCAAUUGUUAGGGCGGGAAGGUUGUUGUUAUUUAUUGAGUUAGUCAUUUAA